CCAAGGUAAAAAGGAAGCCGGGGGCAACCAACAAGGAGACGCAAAAAAAAAAAAAAAAAAAAAAAAACACACCGAUAUUUAAACCUUUUCACUGCAGUAAUAACGAAAGUAAAUGGCUGGACAAUGAAGCUUUUGGAGAUCCUACAAUAAACUAUCAUGAAAAGGCAAAAUUUUAACCAAAGAGGGGAAAAGGAAGAUGGAUUUGCAAAGCAGCCCAGAAGACUUUCAUCUGAAGUUGCAGUUAAGAUGGCAGAAAGACCAGGCUCUCCUUCUCCCAGCUGUCUAUCACUGAAGAGCAAUGCAUCCAUGGAUUGUGCCUAUGUCUUCAGCCAGGGAGAAACGAGCAGGGGAAAACGAGUUGAGAUGGUGAGUCCAAACCCAUCAUCAGCUAGUUAUAUCGCUAUGAAAAGUGACAAUUCAGUGGAGUUCAACCAAGAUGAAAAGGCACAAAGACCAGCUUCUCCGGCUCCCAGCUGUCUAUCAAUGAAGAGCAAUGCAUCCAUGGAUUGUGCCUAUGUCUUCAGCCAAGGAGACAAGAGCAGUAGAAAACGGAUUGAGACUGAGAGACCCUGCUCAUCGUCAGCUAACUAUGUCUCGGGGGAGAGUGGCAGAACAGUGGAAAUCAACUGGGAUGAAAAAGUAGAAAGGCAAGACUUGCCUGGUCCUAGCUGUGUGUCAAUGAAGAGCAAUGCAUCCAUGGAUUGUGCAUAUGUCUUCAGCCGAAAGAGACAGAUCAGCAAAAAACGCGUUGAGAUAAAGAGACUAGUCUCACCGUCUCUUAGCCAUGUCUUUGAGGAAAUCAACCAGGAUGAAAAAAUGAGUGGAGAAAUGUUGCUAAAAAACAAAUGCUACACAACAGGUGCUAAGUUCUCCCAAGAGCUGGACACAGUGUCUUUACUUGAACAAACACUCAACAAAGUGGACAAAAACAAGUUUAUGAGUUAUCUAUGCCAGAAUUACCCAGAAUGCUUUGAGACUCCUCAGGUAAUUUGUGAUAUCCAUGAAGUAUCUAAAGUUAUUCUGGAGAGAUUUGGCUCUGAGGUGGCUCUGAAGAUAGCAAUAAAGGUCUUGUUAGAGAACGAGAGAAAUCUUAAGACCAUUCAGGAUCAUCUAAAAUAUAAACUCCAGCGUCAUCUUAAAUCUAAAUUUGAGCGCAUAAACGAAGGAAAUUCUCAGCAAGGGAAUCCUAUCCUUCUAAACGAUAUCUACACUGAGCUACUCAUUACAGAAGGAGGAGAUGAAGGCAUUAAUAAAGAACAUGAGGUCAGAUUGAUUGAAGAAGCAUGCAAGAACGGAGACACGCAGGAGACCGUGAUACAAUGCAACGACAUCUUUAAACCUUUACAUGGACAGAAAAAACGCAUCCGCACCGUGUUAACAAAGGGCAUUGCUGGGAUCGGGAAAACAGUUUCUGUGCACAAAUUCAUCUUGGACUGGACAGAAGGAAAAGAGAAUCAGGAUAUUCACUUCAUUUUCCCGCUUCCUUUCCGUGAUCUGAAUUUAAAGAGAGAUAACAAAUAUAGUGUGAUUCAACUUCUUUCUCAGUAUUUUCCAGAACUUAAAGAAUUUAUACCUGUUAGUUGUGAAGAACUAAAAACUCUGUUCAUCUUUGACGGACUGGACGAGUGCCGACUUCCUCUUGAUUUCAUGAACAACGAAAUGUGCUGUGACGUAACAAAAGAAAUCUCUGUGGAUGUGAUGCUAACAAACCUCAUCCGAGGAAAUCUACUUCCCUCCGCACUUCUGUGGAUAACCUCCCGGCCAGCAGCAGCCUGUCAGGUCCCUCCUGAGUGCACUGACCGGGUUACAGAGGUUCGAGGAUUUAACGACUCAGAGAAAGUGAGAUACUUCAGGAAGAGGUUCGGUGACACGAGUCUUGCUGACAAAAUCGUUGCACACGUUAAGUCUUCAAGGAGCCUCCACAUCAUGUGCCAUAUACCAGUCUUCUGCUGGAUAUCAGCUACGGUUCUGGAAAAAAUGUUGGGUAAAGCAGACAUGGAAGUGCCUAAAACUCUAACUCAGAUGUACACUCACUUCCUCCUGAUUCAGACACAUUUAAAGAACAAGAAGUACCAUGGAGUGAUCAAGGAAGACAUGGACCUGACAGAAUCGGACAAGGAGAUGAUUCUUAGACUGGCUAAGCUAGCGUUUCUGCAGUUGGAGAAAAGAAAUCUGAUUUUCUAUCAAGAAGAUCUAGUUGAAUGUGGCAUUAAUGUUGCAGAAGCAUCUGAGUACUCUGCAAUUUGCACAGAAAUCUUUAAAGAAGAGUUCGGAUUGUACCGAGAGAAGGUCUUCUGCUUCGUCCACCUGAGUAUUCAGGAGCAUCUAGCGGCGGUGUAUGUGCUGGUCGAAUUUGUAAACAACAAUACGAACAUCCUCAGAAAAGAUGCAGAGAAUCAGAGAACGACAAAGAUAUCAGAUUUACACAAGAGUGCUAUAGACCGAGCGAUGCAGAGUGAGAACGGACACUUUGACCUUUUCCUGCGCUUUCUUCUCGGUCUCUCAACGGAUUCUAAUCAGGUUCUCUUGAAAGCGCUGCUGCCAAAAAGUUGUUCUGAGAGCUUGGAAGAAACAGCUGAGUACAUUAAAGAGAGGAUCAGAAAAGAGUCAUCAGCAGAAAGAACAAUCAACUUAUUUCACUGUCUGAAUGAACUGAAUUACAACUCAUUGGUGGAAGAAAUUCGUAGUUUCUUGAGCUCAGGCAGGCAUUCAGAGACCGAGCUUAAACCUGACCAGUGCUCAGCUCUAGCCUAUGUGCUGCUAACAUCUGAAGAAGUGAUUCAUGAAUUCGAUGUAAAAAUGUGCAAUACAUCUCUUGAGGGAUAUCAGAGACUGUUGCCGGUCGUCAGGAUCUCAAGAAAAGCAAUCCUUGCUGGUAUCAACCUCACAGAUGAAUCCUGUGAGACUCUGGCUUCAAUCCUCCAAUCAGCUAACUCACAUCUGAGAGAACUGGACCUCAGUUUCAAUAAUCUAGGAGAUUUAGGAGUAAAAUUUCUCUGUAACGGCCUUUCAGAUCCACACAACAAACUUGAAAAGCUAAAUCUCAGCUACAACAACCUUGAACAUGCAGGAGUAAAGCUGCUAUGUGAUUGUCUGAUGAGUCCAAACUGCAAACUGCAAGCACUCGGACUGGCUGGCACCAACUUCUCAGAACAGUCUUGUGAAUUAAUGGCCUCGUAUUUUCAGUCUGCUAACUCACACCUCAAAGAGCUGGAUCUUGGCUGCAAUAACAUGAGAGACUCUGGAGUGAAGCUUCUGACUGCCGGGCUGAUUAGUUUACAGUGUCAUCUUGAGAAACUCGGCUUGGACAGAUGUGAUCUCACACACAAUUCGUGUAAAGCAUUAAAAGCUGUUUUGCAGUCAUCCAACUCGUACCUUAGAGAGCUAAAUCUCAGCUACAAUAAAUUGGGAGUCUUGGGAAUCCAGCAGCUCUGUGAGGGAUUAAUGCAUCCGGAUUGCAAACUGGAAGGACUAAAUCUCGGACUUGUUGAUGUCGGUAUUUCAAUGGACGCAAGUGAAACAUUGGCCUUGGCUUUAAAGUCAGCAAAUCUGAGAGAGCUUGAUCUAAGCAACAAUUGCAUAGGAGAUUCAGGAGUAAAACUGAUCUGUGAUGGACUUAUCAGUCCAAAGAGCAAACUAGAAAAACUGAGUCUGCGCUGGUGUAACCUCACAGACAGGUCUUGUGAGAAUCUGGCUACAGUCCUGAGUACGUCAACUUGCUUGACAGAUUUGGAGCUUAGAGACAAUGACCUGCAUGAUUCAGGUGUGAAGCAGCUUUGCACUGGACUGAAGCAUCCACACUGCACACUGCAGAGACUGGGUCUUUCAGGGUGUUGUGUUACAGAGGAAGGUGGCUCUGUCCUAGCCUCAGCUUUAAGCUCAGAUCAGUCACAGCUAAAAGAGCUGGACCUCAGCUACAAUCACUUAGCAGAGGCAGGACUGAGACAGCUCUCUGCUAUUUGUGAUGAUCCACUCUGCAAACUUGAAAAUCUUUGUUUAGACCAUUGUGAGGCUUGCAGAAUCAAACCAGGACUAAAUAAAUAUGCCCGUGAGAUCACCCUGGACCCAAACACCGCACACAGAACCCUGUCACUGACAGGAAACAAAGUAGUCACAAAAGCAAAAGGCGAGCAGUCACACCCAGACCAUCCAGAUCGGUUUGAAUACUAUUGUCAGGUUUUGUGCAAAGAAACCCUGAUUGGUGCUCGCUGCUACUGGGAAGUCGAGUGGACUGGAGAUGUAGUUUACAUCGGAGUCACUUACAAAGGGAUCAACAGAAAAGGUCGCGGUAUAGACUGCAAACUGGCAAUGAAUAACAAAUCUUGGAUUCUGUUCUGUUCUAACGAUUAUGGCUAUUAUGUUAGUUAUAACAGCAAGGAGACCGUCUUACCUUCUCCACCUAAUCCGUCCAAACGAAUGGGAAUCUAUCUAGACUGGAAUGCUGGCACACUCUCUUAUUUUAUUAUCUCGGCUGGAAGUCUAUAUCACAUGUAUACAUUUCACACAACAUUCACUGAACCCCUUUAUCCAGCCAUCAGUGUUUAUAACUACAAUGACACGGUCACAUUGUGUGAGAUAGUAUAAAACAAGAGCAUGCAAGUCUGCACGAUAACUGAUCAUUAUUGAACAUGUGCUUUGAAUUUAGUCUUGUUUAAGGGAAGAGAUUCUUAGUCAGCCAUCAGAGUGUUAUCUCACUAGGCAAAUAAUGACAAUAAAUAACUUCUAAAGAGUCACUAAAACUUGACUAUGCUUGACAUACUGGCUUAGAAACCAAUAUAGUGACUGACACAAAGUUCUCAGAAGUUCAAUUACAUCUGUAGCUUAAGAGAAUUAUCUUAAACAUUAUUAAAGAUUAUCAAAUAAAAGUGACCACUUACUCCAUGGAGCAUUUUAAAGCAUAUUAAAGUCUAUAUUUGUGUUUUCUGUGUAUUAAGGUGUCUGUACUAUUAUUAUUAUUAUUUUAUUAUUAUUACUAUUAUUAUUGGGCAAGUCGUGGCCUAAUGGUUAGAGAGUCUAACUCGUAAUCCUAAGGUUGUGGGCUCGAGUCUCGGGCCGGCCACGACUGAGGUGUCUAAGGCACCGAACCCCAUCAACUGCUCCCCGGGCGCCGCAGCAUAAAUGGCUGCCCCCUGCUCCGGGUGUGUGUUCACGGUGUGUGUGUGUGUGUGUGUUCACCGCUCUGUGUGUGCACUUUGGAUGGGUCAAAUGCAGAGAAUGAAUUCUGAGUAUGGGUCACCGUACUUAGCCGUAUGUCACGUCACUUUCACGUCACUUUCAUUAUUAUUAUUAUUAUUAACUUUAUUUAUUUAUUAAUGCCACUUGAAGGGUGGAUACAGAGUUGCUGAAGAGUUGGUCUGAUCAUCUGUAUCUUUGUUUCAUGUAAACAUUUUUAAUAAAUGUAUCAUUAAAUAGG